AUGUCGCAGUACCCAAACGGUCAACAGGCAUACUACGGCCAACCUACAAACCCCCAAGCCUCUGUCCCACCGUCCACCGUCCACUAUGACAGUUAUUCGCCCCAGAACCCCACGUCGGACCAACAUCUGCCUCGAAGGAUGCCGAGUUAUAAUGCUGGGGAUGAUUCUAGAUACUUCAACCCUGCUCAGACCCAGAAUAUGAGAGCGACCGAAGAAAACAGACAGUAUUCAGCUCAAGGUGGUGGCUAUGGUGGCAACGCAGAAGAGGGUGGCUACAACGCUUCGCAGGGAGCCUUUCAAGACGACAGAGACUCGAGAUAUUCGCGCACUUCCUCAGACACCAUGUCGUACAUGUCUCCGAGUCGCGCCUCUUCACAAACCUCCAGUAUGUCCUAUCAGUACCAAUACUCUGGAGCAGCAUCGUCAUCCCAGCCGGCCUACAACCCGCAGCAAUACGGCCUUCCACACACGCAAUCACAACCGGUCCUGGCUUAUAAUCCCCAGACGUACACUGGCUCCAGCAAUGCUUCUUACGCCGCUCCAGCCUCGGCCCACCAACCAUAUAAUCCUGCAGCAUACCAGUCUGCCACAGUUUCGGGGAUGAGCUCUCCGGUUCUACCCAGAAGACAGAGCACAGCUUCGCACUACGGGCAGACACCGCCAACUCCACAAUCGUACGGCUUCUCCCAUCCACCCCCGCUUCCACCCCUUCCACCGCCGAGGGGUGCUGAUCAUCCGUAUGGAGGACGUUCGUACCAACCCAUGUCACCGAACCCCUUGUCGCCUACCCUCUCGCCUUCUUAUGUGCCGUCAAGCUCCCCGAGUAUAAUGCAUAUGCCUCCGCCUACAUCACGUCCGUAUUACAGCAAUUCACAAGAGGCUGCAUAUGACAUGCCACCUUCCCAGUACAUCCCAACGAUCCCAAGCGGUUCCUUCGAAGAGCAGCCUCCGAUGCCCCCAGUUCAUCAGACUCAUACAAAUGGCCUGUACGGCAAACGGCCAAGUGUAUUACAUUCCGGGGCAGGGCGAGCCCUGCCAACUCCUCCCGUGCAGUCAGCAUUACCAAUCCGAACGGAAACUUUAACUCGCCAUCCCCAAUCGCGACCUCUUCCUGGACCACCAGUCGACGAAGCCGGGAUGAAUGGCAGUCGCUUGCCAGCGGAAACUCCCAUGGCAUAUGAAGAUGUGCUCAGAGAGGAUGAGGCGGCAGCGUUGGACUCUCAUGGCUUUGCCCGGCGUCACAGCUCUAGAGCAUCCCAUGCUAGCUCUGUUUCGCGCAUGCAAUUCUCACCUGAUGAGGAACACACUCACACCAACGGUAAUAUGGAGACAGAUGGCGCAGGGCAUAUGGUGAACUAUAAUGCGUACAGUGAUGACGAUCCCGAGGCUCUUGCUGGCUUGAUUAUGUUGCAAGAAGACAUAGAGCGCGAGGAGCGUCUUCAAGGGCGGAUGCGACGUGAGACCAAUGCCUCGGUUUCCAGUUCACGCGGAUCCAACAUAUCGCCAGGAGGGCAUUCGUCACACUCUGAUCCCCAUGGAGAUAAUGAUGUCGUCGAUCUGGCGCAGUACGAAGGAGGCUACCAGUACUAUGGCGAAGCGCACACAGGCUCUGCUGUAGGCAACGGAUUUUCAGGCACAUCUGGUGGUUCAUUCAGAAGCUCUGUGUCUCCUGAUGACCGUGGUGAGUAUCUUGAUGAAUACGGGCAUCCGCCUAUUGCAUAUGCAUAUGCCAAUCGCCUCCAUCAUGCGCCAGCUGAUGCCAGAGUAGAUGCCAGCGGCACAGGGGGGUUGGCGGCACCCGAUGCUUAUCUCCGACGGAUGAGCUUUGACUAUGGCGACGAAGGAGAAACACCAUACCAGACCCAUUCUGGAGAUCAGUCUGACGACGAGAGCUCUGACCCAUCCGCACACAAAGAUUUGUUUUUCCACCCUGGGAUGCAUCCAUUACCACCAGCACCUGUUCGGCCUGCUAGCAAUAGUGAACUCUUAGCGCGUUUAGUACCUGCGGGCACAUACAACCCUCAGUCGGGGCAGCAGGAUGACUUUGUUGAUUAUCCACAGUACCCCUCGCCGGGCUCUGCGGACCCUCAUGGCGAUGAUAUGCUGAACCCGUCCCAAGUUCCGCGGUCGUCAUCAUUGUCGACUCCUAUUGGCCCUCGUACUGAUGCGCCUAUCAGAUCUAAGACCGAUGCGGUCCGGGACCGGCUCAGAUACAAGCAGCAGGAGCAAGAACUCAUCAUGCAGCUUCAGCAUAAGGAUCUGCCUCAUCCAGAUCCAGCGGCGACGCCUAUGGGGCUGGAUCUUCCAAUCAUCCCGGCUGGCCGGCGCAAGAAGUUCCAUCUCGCGAAGCUGUCAUCGGAACAAUUCAAGAAGUGUAGCGAACCGUGGGCCUUGAGUUCUCUCUUGUCCUGGAUUAAAGAGCUGAGUGAGGAUGAGUCAGAUCUCAGAGAGCAAACAAUUGCCGAUGCCAUGGUCGCGUUGUUCACCCACAAAGUCCCGACCAUGAAUAUUGCUGAUGCCGAGACACUGGCUGCUCGAGUUGUGAGCGGUAUGCUUGAAGAAGGUGCAUUGGUAAAAGAAGAAGAAUGGGUCAAGUUUGGCUCAGGCACACUUUCGGGUAUCCUGUUCCAGAUCACUGGCACAGGAUGUUACUCUCCAAGGCUUCACUUACAUGAGAUGCACAUUGAGGAUACUGAUAGUUUCGGUCGAUGCUACUCGCAUCACUGUAUGCGGACAUUGAAGAAAGUCAACCUCAAGGCACAGAUGAUGGCACCGCAGAAGAAAAUCGAGGACUGGGUCACUUUCUACAAGGUCCCCAAGGAGAUAUUUGAAGCUCAUCCGAAAGAAGAGGUCGAGCGACAGAACAAUUUGCACGAAAUUGUCACUACAGAAGACUCCUACAUCGCGCAACUGGAUGUCCUACGAGAACUUUAUCGUGAUCAGUUGGCUAAGAUGAAUCCCCCGAUCAUCCCGGCGAAGCGACUGCCCAAAUUCUUGGCUGACGUGUUUGGCAAGGUCGAUGCUGUGAAGAGAGUAAACGAGGAUUUCCUGUUGGCACAACUCAAAUACCGUCAAAAAGAACAAGGACCAUUCAUCUCUGGAUUCAGUGACAUCUUCCGGGAAUGGAUUCGCAAAGCUAAGAAUGUUUACAUCGACUAUGCUGCAACCUUCCCAACGGCAAACUAUCUUAUGCGCAAGGAGGCUGAGCGGAACCCGCACUUCAAGCAGUUCUUGAACCAAACGCGGGACCACAAACUGUCAAGUCGCCUCAGCUGGGAUACGUUCCUCAAAGCCCCGAUCACCAGAAUCCAGCGAUAUACUCUUCUCCUGGCGACUGUCCGCAAGAAUAUGGCCAAGGAUUCUGAAGAGAAGACAAAUUUGGCACAAGCCAUUGAAGAGAUCAAGGUUGUGGCACUAGACUGUGACAACAAAGUUGGAGAGAUGAACAAGAAGGCCGACUUGAUGGAGUUGGCAUCCAAGCUGCAAUUGCGACCCGACAUGAAGAAGGAAGUUGAACUCAAUCUCGAACACUUAGGUCGACAGAUCAUCCAUCGAGGCGAACUGCAACGUCCUGGAACCCGCACAAGAUUCCUUGUCGAUACACACGCCAUCCUGUUCGACCAUUAUCUGGUUCUUGCAAAGAUAUUCACAAUGCGUGACCGGGCGGUGAAGUAUGAGCGAUACGACAUUUCAAAACUGCCUAUCCCAAUGGACCUGUUGGGCCUGGAAAGCACCAACGAUGAUCCUGUGGUCAAAUCAUCUGUCAGGGGAGUUUCGACUGUCACGCCCUCUCAAGCGGGUGCUGCCAGCCCUCUUGCGCAUUCAGGGUCUGGUGCAUCUGGAGGAAACGGGGCUGUUGACAACUCGAGGGACGACAAGAUCCUAUACCCUUUCAAAAUCAAGCAUCUGGGCAAAACUGGAACAUAUACUCUCUACGCUUUCUCGGCACAGAGCCGCGUGGAAUGGUGCCAAAAGAUUAUCGAAGCGAAGACAAAGCAUGCUGCUGCUCUCUUCUCGCAGAACGCCGAGCCAUUCCGACUGCGUGUCGUUGCGGACACUGCGUUCGCAUAUUCUGAUCAUACACCUGGCUCUAAAAGUGUGACUAUCAAAGGCACUCCUCUUCAUCGUGCGAUCAAAGAAGUCGAGAAGCAACAUGAAACCUCGAACACUCGCCCUCCAGCAAUAUGUAAGACUGCAGUCCACUGUGCCACGGUUUUCCAACAGCCGCCUGGGCGCAUCAUGUGUGCAAUUGGCACAGAAAAUGGACUAUACAUGUCUGAGCUCAAUGACCCGCGGGGCUGGUACAGGGCCAUUCCCAUCACCCGGGUCACACAAGUUGCUGUGUUUGAGGAUUUCAAUUUGCUCUUGUUGAUUGCAGAUCGGUCUUUGAUUGCAUACCACCUCGACGUGGUCUGUCCCGCCAAUGGGAAAGCCUCCCAGUCAUCUCAAGAUUCUGCUCGACGAGCCCCGCAGAAGCUGUCUGGAAACCGUGAAGUGGGCUUCUUUGCCGCUGGUCGUCUGAAGGAUCGGUACUUGGUUAUAUACAAAAAGCGUGAGGGACUAUCAUCUACAUUCAAGGUUCUCGAGCCCGUCUUGCAGAAGUCAUCCACGAAUAAGAGCCGCCUGUUCUCGCGUCGCUCACAAACAGAAUUCUUCCGCGAUUACGACGAGUUUUACAUCCCUGCUGAAACCUACCGAAUUAACAUGUUCCACUCCUCGCUUGCAAUCUCAACCCAAAAGGGCAUUGAAGUCCUCACCCUUGACAAGAAACAUUCAUGGUCUGUCCCUGACUUUAAUUCCAACGAUACCCAAGAUGCACACGAUACCCUACACAGCAUCGCCAAUCGCAUCAGUGGGCUCAAGCCACUAGGCAUGUUCCGUCUCAGCGAGAGCGAGUUCCUAGUAGCUUACCAGCAGUGCGCUGUCUACGUCAACAAGCACGGCGACGUCUCUCGCAGUGUAGUCAUGGAGUUCGUCGGCAGCGCACACACAGCCUGUCUCUAUGGCAAGUUCCUAAUUCUCUUCAAUGAAGACUUUGUUGAAGUCCGCAACGCAAUGAACGGCCGCUUACGCCAGGUUAUCCCCGGCCACAACGUCGUAUGCAUCGAUGACGGCAGCAAAGUGCCUGGCUCGCUCAAUGGAAGCGCACAGACCAACACCGGUGCCGCGAUGAGUCUUUCCAGCGGCUUCUCCGCUGCCACCAAUGAUUUCCCGGCCCCCACGGGCCUAGGCAACACGGUCAAAAUCUGCAUGCAGCAUCCAGAGUAUGAGCGCCGCCAGAUUGUCUUGGAGCUUCUCGAGAAUGAGGGCCAAAAGGACUAA